CGACCCAUUAACCCUUGACCCACUAGCUCCACCCGGUUCGAAUCAGCCCACGGGUUGACAACCUUGAUUAUCACUGACCCGUAUCUCAUCUAGGGAUGGCAAUGGGUCGGGUUUUGUCAAACCCAAACCCAUGGGUUUAUCCGCCAAAAAAACUCGGGGUAAAACUCGUUGGGUUUGAAAAACUCAAACCCAACCCAACCCGCUGGGUAUCCGCGGGUUAAUGGGUACCCGUGGAUUUUUGUAGUAAAAAUUUACAAUAACAAGUUUCUUUCAAAAAAGUGUAACAUCAAUUUUUUCAUACAAAUUAAUCAUACAAAAAACAUCAAUCUAGAGCAUACAAGCAAACCGCAAAUGAUCAAUACAAAUUGUUCAAAAUUAAAGAUAAAAAUAUAUAAACAAUAAGAUUAAUUGAAAACUUCUUCCUCGUCAACUAAGUUUAUUCACUCUCCACUUCAUAAUAUCAACUUCAUUCCAAACAAUUAGAAAGAACAAAUUAUACAUGUCUCCACAAACAUAUAGAAUAUUAGUUAUUUAAGGAAGAUAUAUUAUUUAGAAUAUUAAAUAUAACGGAAAAGUAAUUAUAUGUGUGUGGGCGGGUACCCAUGGAGCGGAUUUACCUAAACUCAAUCCCAACCCGACCCGGUGAAUAGUGUAGCGCUCAUCCCCUAUUUGGCCUCUUGGAUAUGAGAAAAGUGUAAAUAAAUGUCGGAAAAAAUCGCCUAAACUGACGGUCUGGCCUACUCCGUUUCUCUCUGUAUUACUGCCUCCCUCUCAUCAUUAUCACAGCCGCCUAAUCCAAAUAAUUACUCUACUAUCCAUCCUAUCCCAUCUCCCUCUGGUUUGUCACUCAGACACGCACUGGAUCUCGUCUUUCUUUUCAACCGGAUUUCCUUUUCUCAUCACCUCACUCACACUCACCAUCUUUUCUCUACUCACCAAAGGAGAGAAGUGCCUGCCCACUGCAAAAUACAUAUAUCCAGUUUCACAUAAAAGUGACUGAUAUACAGAGACAAGAAAAGGAAACCCACUUCUCUUUCAACCUAAAAAAAAAAUGUGUUCGCCGUCGCCGGCGGUGGCCGUGAAAACCAGAAAUCCCCAUCCCACCAACAACUCUUGCUCUCUCAACCCACACGCAACACCCUUCGUUAAUUCAGCUUGCCGCCGAGCCCGUGACCCUGCCGCCGGCGGCACUCCUUCCGUGGCGCCGCCUCAUGAGCUGAUGACGUCACCGCCGCCUGCAGUGAGCAUGCUGCCGCCUCUCCUCCCUCACCAAUUCCUCAACCGCCCUUCUUCCCUGCUCCCGCCGCCGCCGGUUCCGCCCACUUUUCCCCACUCCUCCUCCGCCGCCCCAAUUUCCGUCCCCACUUUCCCCCACCACCAUUAUCACUACUACUACUACCAACACCAAACCGCGCUCUACACCUCCUUCCGCCCAACUUACCCACACCCCGCAGCCGCUUACCACCAUGUCUCCGCCGCCGUCGCCGGUAUUUCCUCUUCCCCGUUCUCCUACAGCAAUCAACAGCUGCAGUACAGCCACCAAAACACCCACACCCAUCCGCCUCCCAACGUCGUGCUCAGCUACACGGUUCAACCCGAACCCAAACCCACACCCGAACCGAAAUUCAAGGUUACUGCUUCCGUUAGCAAACUUCCCCGUCGGUUCACAGUGGGGAUGAUGACGGCGAGGAGAAACGGCGUUGCUCGUGGUGGUGGGUCCCACAGGCCUGUUAGGGUUUCCACGCCGGGUUGGAAAAUUGCUGGAGGAAAAAGGGUUUCUUCUUCUUCUUUUCUAAGUGGCAAGAAGAGUGCCGUCGCAGCAGCAAGUAAAGAUGGCGCCACAAGCUUAAUGAUCCGGAACAUUCCCAACCAUUUCCAGAGGUUUCAUCUGCUGCAGUAUCUGGACACUCACUGCGCCGACGAGAACAAGAAGCUGCUGCUGGCUGCGGCGGGGGAACAGAAGCAUGUUUCGCCGGUUUCUUCCUCCCGUGAUGGCGUUGCAGCGUCGGAGUACGACUUCCUUUAUCUCCCCAUGGACUUCAGGACGGGCGCCAAUCUAGGGUAUGCAUUCGUCAACUUCACCUCCGCCGUCGCUGCUGCCCGAUUCGAGCAGUCUUUCAGCAACUACAAGUGGAAUUCAUCGGCCUCCAACUCCAAGAUCUGUAAAAUCACCCCCGCUGAGAUUCAGGGGAAAGACGGGCUGGUGAGUCACUUCAAGAACUCGAAAUUCCGGUGCAAGUUCGACUACUACCUUCCCGUGGUGUUCUCCCCUCCACGGGAUGGGUUGGGACAGAGGAAGACGAUGGCGGCGGCGGCGGCGACUACUACUUCGAUCCUGAUUGGGCAGCGCAUUCCUCCAAAGGUUUAUCACCGUGGUGGUGGUGGUGGUCGCCGUCAUCUUGUUCGCCGCGACAACAACCGGCUGGGUUAGCUGCCGAUGAUCCUGUAAUCCUGUUAGUACCAGAUGUUUGAUUUCCCUUCUGUGUGUGUGACAGUGUGAGUGGUUGGAACUACAGUUGCACGUUCUAUGCGUAAGUAAGUAAGUAAGUAGCAGUGGAUGAGCCAUUAGUGGGCGCGAAUGAAGUGCUCGUGUUUUCAUUGUCUCCCUGGUUUCAUGCCAGCCCGGGGUGAAAUGGAAACACCAGGCUAGCCUUGUUCAGCAUCUCUAGUGGCCUCUACAUUAUCCAAACUAAUUAAGUUUUAGUACCGCGGCCAACAAUCGGUGCUGUCAAAUGGUUGCUCACUGUAUGUUAAUGUGAUCAUGUUUUCUUGUAUGUAAGAUGUUUCUUGUAUGUUUUGGUAAGGUGGGUUCAAUGUCAUCAUGAGCAUAAUCAUAAUUAGGUGAUAUCCAAGACCACCGAGUGCUUGGAGGCAACCUGAUGAAUGUCCUAAGCUAGGUUUGAAGGGGAAAUGGUCCUUGUGACUUGUGAGCAAUCGGGCGUUGCCCCGGGUUGUUCAUAUCCUCACGGAACUUGGAACAACAGUCACUACUGACGUAUGUUAGUAACAACUAUUGGGCAACCAGACCUAGUUUAAUAACGAAUUGAUUCGUACGCCAAUGGAAAUUAGGGGAAAAUGCAUCUAACAAAGAUUUUGGUUUGAAAUCCAUUCAAGACUUGGUUUGCUCUCAUUACAUUUUGUAACUUAUAUAGCUCUGAGUUUGUGGUUGCCAAGCUUCCGUUGAGGUUUAAAGUCUAGAGAAAGACUGUAGGGUUUGGGAAGGGUAGAAGGUGUAGGACUCUUCUAUCGUGUUAUUUUUACUGUUUCUGGUUGACUCGAGUUGAAUAUUCUUCUUGUUGUUCGUCCUCUUGGGUUGGAAUGAUUGAAAGAUGGUCAAACUCUACCCCUAAUCGAUCAAAGUAAAACCCUAAUUUGGUCAAACUCCGACUUUUUCCUCGCCCUUUAGUCAAACCCUAAUUUACCCUAACCCUAAUUUUGUCAAAAACCCUAAUUUCGGUACAACCCUAACAGUAUAACCAUACACUUGUGUGCAUCUCGAAUGGUCGGAAUAUGGCAGUGGUACGUUAGCAACGGGUCUAUAAACCGACGAUAGUUUCAGGUCGGUCAAUAAAGCCUUCACACGUGUCAUUUGUCGAGCACGAUAAAUUUUUCAAAAAUAUUGUACUCCUAUAUCCAUUCUAUUCUUCUACUUUCACCCAAAAACAAAAGGAAAAGUAGAAUUGAUCUUCUUUUUUUUUUUUUCACAAGAUUUAUGGACGCCAAAAUAGUUAAAACAAGGCGGACAAAUAAGAGCUCCCACACAAAAUCCUCAGUACUUUUGGCAGAAUGUUUUCGUUCCAGAGUUGAUGCUAUAGCUACAUACUGUUUGGCGAAGAAGAGAAAGGUUGGAGCAUAGGGCAAUGAGAGGAAAAUCUUUUUGAGGACUGGAAGCUGGACAAUGACAAUCUUUCCUUUCCUUUUUCCUUUUGUUUUUUAUUUGUGCAUAAAAGGGAUGGCAGUGGCAGGCCAAGGUAAGAUGGAAGAUGGACAGUUUGCAGUUUUGGAGAAACAUCGUUUCAUUUUCACCUACAGGAUUUUGCAGGCUACUCUGCUGCUGCUGCUUAUGCUUAUCCCUCGCCUACCCUUUUUCUCUGCAAUUCCAAAAUACCUACCUAGUCAUCCUCUCUCUCUCUCUCUCUCUCACCAUAUCUUCCUUUUUCAUAAAUGGGUGCAGAAAAAUAAAACGAUGAACAGUAACACAUAGCCCAAUAUAUCAAGUUAUCAACAACCACUGCUGCUACUCUUUUGCCCAAAAUAUGGGAUCUGAUCAGAUCAUUUUCCCAAGUCAGAUAUCAUCAUUUUGAUCACCACUACUACUACCCUUCUUCGCCUGGAGCUAUGGCGAUCUCUCAUAUCCUUCUCCUAUUCCACCACCAACUCAAUCCUAUUCACUGUUUCUUGAAUACCACAAAAUGAAAUUUGAAAAAGGUAGGCCGCUUGUUCUUUUUUUUUUAUGAGAUAGAAACUAUAACCAUUCAUCCAUAGUUUUGAUUUCUUUUUUUGUUCUUAAAUAUUUGGCUAUAACUUUCUUUUUAACACACUUUCGAAAAUAGGAAACGCAAGUUGAGUUGGUUUAGCGGCAUAAGGAAUCGAAGGAGAGAGAGAAGGUAACAAGAUCGAACGGGCGACCUUUGGCUAGAAUGUACUACCCCCACAACCAAACAGGACACUUGAAAUUGGUGAAGAUACAAGUUGAGUUGAAAAUUAUAAGAAAGAGUACAAUUAAGAUAGGUGCCAAUUGAUUGAUGUUCAAGCAACAAAAAAAAAAAACAAUGUAAAGCCAACUUUAAUGAUGUAGAGCCAAAGUGUCAAAUUUGGUGUUAGAUUUUUGUCCAACUUUAAUAUGUUUAUUUACAUAGUAACAAUUGAUGAACAGUAAGCACGAAUAUUUUUAAGUAAUUAUUUCUUAUUUUGGUGCUAUUAUUUUUCGUCGUAAAAUGUGAUGUCAUCGGUGUUAAAAGAAGGCCAAGAUGAUGGAUUGCUGGAGGCCUGGAGCAGGGACGACGAAGGGAAGGCAUCAGAUUAUGCCAACAUAUUUGGACUGCAGUCUGCAGGAGUGGGUGGAGAAUUGUAUUUUUCACCAUGUCUUGGAAUUUUUUUUAUGUAAUUGGAAAAUUUAAUUUAUUUUUUUAUUAAUAAAUUCAUGCAAGAAACAUACAUGAGCAAUACACAUAAAGCCACAUAAUUGAUGGUUUAAGUUGACAAUUCAACGGUUAAUGGUUAACUUUAACAUACAAUGAAAAGUCCAAAACCUUUUAAAUAUAAAUGAUAAAGUCCA